AUAAUUGGCAUGCGUAUUGUUUGACAGCUGAUUCUUAUAUACAGGUAAUAAAUAGUAAUGAUGACGUAAAAUCACAAGUCGAGUGAUUUUCUUUAAGUGAAAAGUAAAUUCACAAACUUUUUAUGCUUUUUUAACAAAUUUUUAUGCAAAGAGAAUGAAUAUUCUUUAGUAAAAUCAUAAGUACGAAACCUUUCAAACAUUAGAUAUUCCGAAAAUGUUUCUCAGAAGUUUUUUUAAAAAAAAAUCUAAAACAAUACCACGUAAAUUUAUAAAUAACUCUUUUGGAAGUUACGAGGUUAUUGUACCAUGGGAAAUUUCUGAAGUUAGAGAAGUACCAUCAUAUAUUCCUAAACCUUCUUAUAGUCAAACAUUAAUUCCACGUGAUGGUCCAAAAAAACCUGAAAUUAAAGAUAAAAAUCAAAUACAAAGCAUGAAAGACAGUUGUAAUUUUGCCAAAAAAGUAUUAACUUAUAUUAAACAAUAUAUAAAGCCUGGUAUAACUACAGAUGAAUUAGAUGCAAUAGUUCAUGAAAUGAUUAUAAGUAAUGGAGCUUAUCCAAGUCCACUUAAUUAUAAAGGAUUUCCAAAGUCAAUAUGUACUAGUAUUAAUAAUGUUGCAUGUCAUGGAAUCCCAGAUAAAAGACCAUUAGUGAAAGGGGAUAUAUUAAAUAUUGAUGUAACAGUAUAUUUACAUGGUUAUCAUGGAGAUUGUUCAAAAAUGUUUGAAGUAGAAGAAUGUGAUGAUGAAGCAAAACGUUUAAUAAAUAUAACAGAAUUGUGUUUAAAAAAUGCUAUUGAUAUUUGUAAACCUAAUGAAAAUUUUUCCAGUAUAGGAAAUAUUAUUGAAGAAACAGCAAAUAAAAAUGGAUAUUCUAUAAUUCCAGUAUUUGCAGGACAUGGUAUAGGUACUUAUUUUCAUGGUCCACCAGAUAUUUUUCAUUUUGCAAAUAAUUUUGAUGGAAAAAUGUUACCUGGAAUGACAUUUACUAUUGAACCAGUUUUAAGUCAGGGUAGUGAAGAAAUUAAAAUUUUAGAAGAUGGAUGGACUGCUGUUACAGUAGAUAAUGCAAGAACAGCACAAUGUGAACAUACUGUAUUAGUUACUGAUACUGGUUGUAAUGUAUUAACUCGUUAAUCUUAUAAAUUUACUUUUUGUGUAUAUUUUCUAUUGCUUCAAAAAUAUAAUUAAAAAUUGUAUAGAAAAAAUUCAUUUA